UCUGAGGUAGAAAUAAAUUAUCCUGGCACUAACCCAUCUCUCCUGUUACAAAAAUUCAAACAAACACUUGACGAAGAGUCAAUCAAGUAAAAGUAAAAGUAAAGAUAAAAGCUUUGACUAAUGUAGAAUGUAGAUAGAUAUAUCAGUUAUCUUAGUCGUUGAAGUAAAGCUUCCAAAGGGCUAUAAAAAGCAAAGGUCUUUGGUCAGGUCGAGUCUUUCUUUGUGAUCAGAACAACGUCUCAGUCGCUUCGAUCUCUAAUUCUCUCUUACCCACCAAAACAAACAGAAGACCCAAGAAUCGAAUCAGAAGUGGAAUACAUAGGGAAUUUGGGGUUUAGUCACUCUCACUCUUUUCUUUCAAACUCCUUCCCAAAAAGAAACUCUCUUUAGCUCCUUACUGUUGGGGGUAGAGGAAAUUUCAAAGCCAAAAACAGAGAGAAAAAAACAAAUAGAGUGAUACUGUUUGAUGCUACUGCAGUGUUACUAUAAAGUAUAUAAAGAUAUAUAGUAGUUGAAUAGGGGUGAAAAGGGUGUUUUGUUCAACAACUGCGAAGACCAUUGAAUCGGGGGGUGAGGUGAGGGAGGAGUGAGAGAUUUUUUUCCUGCUUUUAAGGUCUCGCCGUCUUUGGAUACAGCACUGUUUUUUUUUCUUUCAGCAGAGAAAAUUGGUGGCCGCAUUAAAGUAAGGAGCUUUUACUGUGGAUAAAGUUUAGUUUUUCUUGACAGAGGAGGGAGGCAAAUAGAUUCGGAGCAGGAGAUUUGAGGUAAUUAUUUCGGGAGGCAUUUAAAGCUCUCUGCCAGUUCUUGGGUGGAGAAUUCUUCUCUUAUUGCAUAUAUCCAACUCUGCCCUGCUAGCCUAUUUGGCCUUUUCCUUUUCCAUUAUUGAGAAGGAGAAAAAAAAUAAAGGUGAUAGAUCAACUAAGCAAAGGACAGUCUUUCGAUCGCACUCAUUUGGGGUCAUUGACAGAUCUCUGGUUGAUUUUCUUCAAUCUUUUACUAGAAAGAGACAACUCAGAACAAGAUCUACCAGGAUUAGACGUUGCCUUUAGAGAAAAACGAAGACAAUGUUGCCUCAGAAGCAAGCAGAAGAAGCAAUAGUCUCCAACUUUAGCGAGAAGGAGCAUGAAACCAAAGAAGAAAAAGAAGAAGAACAACAAUCAAUGUUUAGCGUUAAGAACCUCCUCUGGCAUGGUGGCUCUGCUUGGGAUGCCUGGUUCAGUUGCGCCUCCAAUCAAGUGGCACAAGUGCUGUUGACACUGCCCUAUUCCUUCUCUCAAUUGGGUAUGCUGUCAGGAAUUCUGCUUCAGGUAUUUUAUGGACUGAUGGGAAGUUGGACUGCAUAUCUCAUCAGUGUGCUCUAUAUAGAGUAUAGAAGCAGGAAGGAGAAGGAAAACGUCAGCUUCAAGAACCAUGUCAUCCAGUGGUUUGAAGUGCUUGAUGGGCUGCUGGGUCCAUACUGGAAGGCAGUUGGACUUGCCUUCAACUGUACAUUCCUAUUAUUCGGAUCUGUCAUACAACUUAUAGCCUGCGCAAGUAAUAUUUACUACAUCAAUGACAAAUUGGACAAGAGGACAUGGACCUAUAUUUUUGGAGCUUGCUGCGCAACCACUGUUUUCAUACCCUCUUUUCACAACUAUCGUAUUUGGUCUUUUCUAGGCCUUGGGAUGACCACCUAUACGGCCUGGUACUUGGCCAUAGCUGCCCUUGUUCACGGCCAGGCUGAGGGGGUGACGCACAGCGGUCCAACAAAGCUAGUGCUCUACUUCACCGGAGCCACCAACAUUCUCUACACCUUUGGCGGACACGCUGUGACUGUUGAAAUCAUGCAUGCAAUGUGGAAGCCUCAAAAAUUCAAGUAUAUAUACUUGUUGGCCACACUGUACGUUUUUACCCUAACCAUUCCAUCCGCUUCUGCCGUCUACUGGGCAUUCGGGGACCAGCUUCUCAACCAUUCCAAUGCCUUUUCUCUCCUCCCCAAGUCCGGUUUCCGUGACGCUGCCGUCAUCUUAAUGCUUAUUCACCAGUUUAUAACAUUUGGGUUUGCUUGUACUCCAUUGUACUUCGUGUGGGAGAAAGUGAUUGGGAUGCAUGACACAAGAAGCAUUUGUUUGAGGGCGCUGGCAAGGCUGCCAGUGGUGAUUCCAAUCUGGUUCCUGGCGAUCAUCUUCCCAUUCUUUGGGCCCAUAAACUCUGCUGUCGGUGCUCUUCUGGUUAGCUUCACCGUCUACGUCAUCCCAGCUUUAGCCCAUAUGCUCACCUACAGAAAAGCCUCUGCUCGACAGAGUGCUGCAGAAAAGCCUCCAUUCUUCAUGCCAAGCUGGACUGCAAUGUAUGCAUUCAACGCCUUCAUUGUGGUGUGGGUUCUGGUGGUUGGAUUUGGGUUCGGUGGAUGGGCUAGCAUGACCAACUUCAUCAGGCAAAUUGACACUUUCGGUUUGUUUGCCAAGUGCUAUCAGUGCAAGCCUCCAGUACCAGCAGGAGGAGCAACUCCACCGCACCACUGAGCUGACUCAUGAUCAACAACUCAACCUAAAUUCAGCCCAAAAGAAGGACCAAAAAAGAAAAAGAAACAAAACCCAAAAAAAUGAAUUCCCUGUUUUUCUCCAUAUUUUGUAUCAUACAUGGGCGGAUAGCAAAAUCUCCCCUACAUGUGAUGUGUGCUGGAUUUUUGCCUUUUUUUUUUUCUAUUUUUUCUCUCCCCUUAAAUUAGUUGAUAAUUAAAAAUAGUAUGUUGAAUUGGAAUGAUUCCCUUGCUAUCAAAAGCAUUGGCCUAAUUAAAUCCGAUAAUAUUAUAUGUUUAGCUUUCUCA